AUGGCCGACAUCGCUACGCGCGGCCUGCAAUCUGGCGACCCCUAUCUUGGCACGGCCGAAGCGGCGCGGAUGCUGGGGGUCAGCACUACGUCAGCUAAUCGCGCGAUGCAGUUGCUCGUGCAACGAAACAUCCUCAGCCGCCGCCAAAAACGGGGAACAUUCAUUGCCGACGGCAUCCAUGGCCAAGCCGAGCGGACCAUCGAUCGUGUUCACCUGGUCGUCAACAAUACCUAUCUCGCCACCGAAGGCAUGAUGGCGGACGGGGUGAUUGUCGGCAUUCAAAGUGUGCUGCCGCAUGCCGAGAUCGAAUUCAAUCACCUGCCCGGCAGUGACGAUACAGCAUGGGUUUCGGAACUGAUCGCCAAAACGGCUCGCUCGCAACAAGCGGAAGGAUUCGUGCUUGCCCGUUCGUCGCUGACAUCGCAGCGGCUAUUUCAAGCGAGCGGCCUGCCAACGGUCAUUUUCGGUUCGCGGUUUCCUUCCAUUCAAGCAUUGCCGUCGAUCGAUCGCGACCACGUCGAAGCUGGUCGACUGCUGACGACGAAACUGUUCGAGCAAGGAGUUCGCCGCUUGGGCGUACUCAUGCGAAGCCAGGUCCUGCCGGGCGAUCAUCCCUUCAUGGAUUCCAUCUGGAAAACGGCCGCCGAGCUGGGACUCACGCCGAGCGAUUUGACG